UUGGCAUUCGAAGAAAUUGUUCCUGAGAAGGCUGUCAGUGUCAGUAACGGUACAAAUUCAUCGAACCGCGGUUUUGAGUUUGGGGACUGCGUGGAGGUUUUAAGACAGCUUGAGCUGGCAGGUUAUGUUGAUACAAGUUUCAGACAGAAGUUUCUGACUUGGUAUGGCUUACACGCCAAUGCUGAUCAGAAAAAUGUUGUGAAGGCCUUCGUUAACAAGUUGAUCAAAGAUUCACCAGCUCUGGCUAACCAGCUCAUUUUCACAUUCUCUGGUCUCAUAUAG